AUGGCAUUGCCCAAAACAACCGCAUUAACCGAUCAGAAGCAAGCUUGCUCCAACAAUGUCGAUAUCUCAGAUGGAUCAAUACAUGUCCUGGGGUAUGACCCAAAUAUCGCACCUACAUCCAGCGAAAUCAGGAAAGCAAUUCUGAAAGUUGACCUACUUAUUUUGCCCUUAAUUGUUGUAUGUUUCUGCUUUCUCCAAUUCGACCGUACCAACAUCGGCAAUGCCCUGACCGACACACUGCGCAAGGAUAUUCAUAUCAACAACUCGGAUAUCAACCUAGCGCAGACGUUAUUCACCGUAGGCUUCGUAAUAACUGAGCUGCCUUUUAACAUGAUCAGCAGAGUUAUGGGUCCUGAGAGAUUCCUCCCAAUCACGAUGUUCCUCUGGGGCAUGGUGACCUGGGGUCAGAUAUUCAUCAAGAAUGCCACCGGGUUGCACGCAGCUCGAUUCUUUAUCGGUGCUAUGGAGGGCGGUUACAUUCCUGGUUUCGCUCUGUACAUCUCAAAAUACUAUACAAACCAGGAACUGGCGCUACGGUAUGCCAUUUUCUGGGCAUCCAAUAAUUUCGCGGGCAUUCUGGGAGGACCGCUAUCUAUCGGACUUCUAUUUCUCGGAGGACGACACGGUUUACGCGGAUGGCAAUGGUUAUUCCUCAUCGAGGGAAUUCUAACAUCUUUCCUUGGUAUAAUUGCAUAUAUCUACCUCCCUCACAGCGCCGCAAAACCCAAAACCUUCUUCAAACGAAGCUUCUCACUCUUCACACCCCGCGAAGCAAGCAUCCUAACGACGCGAGUGAUUACCAACGACCCGAGUAAAGCCGGGCGAUCAAGAAAACGCGUUUCGCCCUCCGAUGUACUCGAAACAUUCCUCGACUGGCGAAUUUACGGACACAUUGUAUCUGGCUUUCUCUCCAUGGUCAUGAUCUCUCCCGUGAACACGUACGCGCCGUCAAUUAUUAAAGACCUGGGGUUUACGAGGCUACAAGCCAACGGGCUAAACUCCGUUGGUAGUGCGUGUGCUUUGCUACUAUCGAUAUCGUUGGCGUUUAGUAGUGAUAGGUUCCAGGAACGUGGUAUUCAUAUCGCGAUGGGAUUCUUGUGGAGCGCGGCGGGGUUAGUGUGGCUUGCUUUGUCGCCAGAUCGGAGCGGAAAGUGGGUUCUAUACGGGGGAGUCGUAUGGACUCAAAUGGGAAUGGGCUGCGUCCAAGCUGUCAACGCCGCAUGGCUCACAGCCAAAAUACAAGACCAUAAGCGACCUGUCGCCUUGGCAGCGUAUGCUAUGAGUAUCCAGCUGGCGAAUUUCCCUGGAAAUCAGCUGUUUCGCACACAAGAUGCACCGCGGUAUACUCGGGGUUUGAUCAUUGCUGCGAGCUGUGCCUUUGCAGCGACGGUGGUGAUUCUUAUCUGGAAGGUUUUCUAUCGUAUUUUUGAUAAUGGUGACCAAGGGGUGGAAGCCAUGUACGUUAAUGACGGGUACGCUAGCACCAGACGGGUUGAGAGUGGACCGUGCUCUUUAGAUGAGGACUUUGCUACCAUCGAGUCUGUUUCGCCGGAGCGACAGGACCAUGACCAUGACACUGAUACAUGUACCGGCUCUGCACAGAGAGCAGUCAAUGAAAGACUGGAGAAACUGGAAAAGACUGUGGAGGGACUAGUAGAUCGACUUGGUCAUCGACUCGAUGCCCGUCCUAAUUGGAACAAUGAGUCUGCAAGAACUACGACAGAAUCGAUCAGCUCGGAGCAGAACCCCGGCCCUGUGGUUCUCAUUAGAGAAGCCGCUAUCGAUGCGGGUGUGCAUUUUCCGGAUCAGAAUGAUCCCCAUUCGGAUGUUAUCUCCUCUGGUUUGCUUACUUUGCCCAUGGCGCAGUCAUUGCUUGAAUUAUUCCACGUCCACUACGGCAGAUGGGUCAAAUUCCCGGAAACGAUACCCACAUCUACUCUCCUCUCACGAGUCCGAGAGUCACCUAUCCUGUUCUGCAGUGUCCUGCUAAUAGCAGUACGACACACGACGCAAGAGCUGGCGGAUCGACUCGCGCCGCAGUUAUUUCAAGAGGCAAAACGGCUCGUCACGGCUUCAUUGCUGGUGGUGCCUCAGUCGAUCCAUUUUUUUCAAGCCGUGCUUAUCUUGAGUCUAUGGUCCACAACCAUCGGUCAGGUUCCGCUAAGCAUGGACAGUUGGUUAUUAACUGGCUAUGCGCUGCAACAGGCGUCGGUCAGUCCGGAUUUCGUCCAGGUUCGAUCUGGUUCCGCUCUGCCGACGGAGAGAGAGCGGUUAGAUGCGUGGUGUGUGUGGAUUCAUCUCUGCUUGGCACAUUUACAGUAUUGCGUAGGGACUAGACGACAAGCACUACUCACCGAAGCGCAGAUCGAUCGCUGCGCUUGGUUUAUUGAAUCAGACCAUGUCUCAAAUUACGAGACCCGAAUGGUAGCCGAGGUUAAGCUGUACUGGAUAAUUUAUAAAAAAUGCUGCGGUGCGCAGAUCGCCUUGUCUGAAGUGAAACUUGACCUGCAGACCUGGCGACAAGAGUGGGAUGCAUUAUUCGCCCAGCCUCGCUCCCAAUUCCUCCAGAUGGGAUUCCACUUCGCCCAUCUCCUCGCGUACAGCAACUGCUUCAAAAUAUCCCGAUCAGAGAUGACCUGCUCCACUGUUUCCGAAAUGAUCCACCACUCCACCACCAUCAUCAACCUUGCCAUCGACAAAACCGAUGACCGAACACGUCACCUAACAGACCAGAUCUAUCACAUCGUGACCUUCUCCGCCCUCACGCUUUCCCAACUGGUUCACAGGUACGAGUCGCGCCUUCAGGCAGAAAGCCACGACAUUGAAGCCCUUGAUACCCUCAUUGUGAAGCUCAUUAACUGGUUGAGGUCCAUCGGACUACCGUGUCAUACCGCCUCGAUGCUAAGUGACAUUGUCUUGGCACACUUCGUGAAACUACGACCGGGUUUUCGACCGAUGGAUGUCAGUGCUUCGUACGAGGUGGGAGAGAAUAUUGGUGAUUUUGAUACUCUCGAUUAUCAAUCGCUGCCGCUUGAUGUGGCUCUUCUCUAUCCGGAUUUUAUCGGGUCGGAGCUUUUUGAUAUGGAUGCGGGUGUGAUAUCUUAA